CGGAAGCGUCCGCGGAGCACAAUGCAGCACUGAGGCAGCGCCGCGGUGGAGGCUGCAGCGCCGCGGUCGCCGCAGCACGGGCCCGGGCUGGGAAGGGGCGGCCCAGGCGAGCUGGGGGCGCUGGGCGCGGGAUCCGGACGCGGCUGCCCGGGUAUGAGGAGCUGAGCGUCUCGGGCGAGGCGGGCUGACGGCAGCACCAUGCGGGCGGCGGCGGCUGUGUCCGUGCCCUUCUUGCUGCUCUGCGCCCUGGGGACCUGUCCCCCAGCGCGCUGCGGCCGGGCAGACGCCUCGUUGACGGAGCUGGAGAGGAGGAAGGAAAACCGCUUCCUGGAGCGCCAGAGCAUCGUGCCACUCCGACUCAUCUAUAGCUCGGGCGGAGAAGAUGAAACUGGGCACGACGCGCUCGACACAUGGGUGCGGGGCGACCCCAGCGGCGGGCAGUUGACUCACGUUGACCAGGCAAGCUUCCAGCUAGAUGUCUUUGGAACAUCGUUUAUUCUUGAUGUCCUGCUAAAUCAUGAUUUGCUGUCCUCUGAGUAUGUGGAGAGACACGUUGAACCUGGAGGGAAGACUGUGGAAGUGAAAGGAGGAGAACACUGUUACUACCAGGGCCACAUCCGAGGAAACCCUGCCUCGUUUGUGGCAUUGUCAACAUGCCAUGGACUUCACGGGAUGUUCUGUGAUGGGACCCACACCUAUCUCAUUGAGCCAGAAGGAAAUGACGCCUCCCAAGAGGAUUUCCGUUUUCAUUCAGUUUACAAAUCCAGACUGUUUGAAUUUCCCUUGGAUGAUCUUCCAUCUGAAUUCCAACAAGUAAACGUCACUCCACCAAAAUUUGUUUUGAAGCCAGGACCAAAAAGGAGUAAACGGCAGCUUCGUCGAUAUCCUCGUAACGUGGAGGAGGAAACCAAAUAUAUUGAACUGAUGAUUGUGAACGAUCAUCUCAUGUUUAAAAAACACCGGCUUUCAGUGGUACUUACCAAUACGUAUGCAAAAUCUGUGGUGAACAUGGCGGAUUUAAUAUAUAAAGACCAACUUAAGACAAGGAUAGUAUUGGUUGCCAUGGAAACCUGGGCGGCUGACAACAAGUUUGCCAUAUCUGAAAAUCCACUGAUCACCCUACGUGAGUUUAUGAAAUACAGGAGGGAUUUUAUCAAAGAGAAAAGUGAUGCAGUUCACCUUUUUUCGGGAAGUCAAUUUGAGAGUAGCCGGAGCGGGGCAGCUUAUAUUGGUGGGAUUUGCUCGUUGCUGAAAGGAGGAGGCGUGAAUGAAUUUGGGAAAACGGAUUUAAUGGCAGUUACGCUUGCCCAGUCGUUAGCCCAUAAUAUUGGUAUUAUCUCAGACAAAAGAAAGUUAGCAAGUGGUGAGUGUAAAUGUGAGGACACAUGGUCUGGAUGCAUAAUGGGAGACACGGGCUAUUAUCUUCCUAAAAAGUUCACCCAGUGUAAUAUUGAAGAGUAUCAUGAGUUCCUGAAUAGCGGAGGUGGUGCCUGCCUUUUCAACAAACCUUCUAAGCUUCUCGAUCCUCCUGAGUGUGGCAAUGGCUUCAUUGAAACUGGAGAGGAGUGUGACUGCGGGACCCCGGCAGAAUGUGUCCUUGAAGGAGCAGAGUGUUGUAAGAAAUGCACCUUGACUCAAGACUCCCAAUGCAGUGAUGGUCUUUGUUGUAAAAAGUGCAAGUUUCAGCCUAUGGGAACCGUAUGCCGCGAAGCAGUAAAUGAUUGUGAUAUUCGUGAAACAUGCUCAGGAAAUUCAAGCCAGUGUGCCCCCAAUAUUCAUAAGAUGGAUGGCUAUUCAUGCGAUGGUGUGCAGGGAAUUUGCUUUGGAGGAAGAUGUAAAACCAGAGAUAGACAGUGCAAAUACCUCUGGGGGCAAAAGGUGACAGCAUCAGACAAAUACUGCUAUGAGAAACUGAAUAUUGAAGGCACCGAGAAGGGUAACUGUGGGAAAGACAAAGACACAUGGAUACAGUGCAACAAACGGGAUGUGCUUUGUGGUUACCUUUUAUGUACAAAUGUUGGUAGUAUCCCGAGGCUUGGAGAACUGGAUGGUGAAAUCACAUCUACUUUAGUUGUACAGCAGGGAAGAACAUUAAACUGCAGUGGUGGGCAUGUUAAGCUUGACGAAGAUGUAGACCUUGGCUAUGUGGAAGAUGGGACACCUUGUGGUCCCCAAAUGAUGUGCUUAGAACACAGGUGCCUUCCUGUGGCUUCCUUCAACUUUAGUACUUGCUUAAGCAAUAAAGAAGGCACUGUUUGUUCAGGAAAUGGAGUUUGCAGUAAUGAGCUGAAGUGUGUGUGUAACAGACACUGGGUAGGUGAGGACUGCAGCACUUACUUCCCUUACAAUGAUGAUGCAAAGGCUGGCAUUACUCUCUCUGGCAAUGGUGUUGCUGGUACCAAUAUUAUAAUAGGCAUAAUUGCUGGCACCAUUUUAGUGCUGGCCCUCAUACUAGGAAUAACUGCAUGGGGCUAUAAAAACUAUCGAGAACAGAGACAGUUACCCCAGGGAGAUUAUGUAAAAAAGCCUGGAGAUGGCGACUCUUUUUAUAGCGACAUUCCUCCUGGAGUCAGCACAAACUCAGCAUCUAGUUCUAAGAAGAGGUCUGCUUUUCUGUCGCAUUUUCAGAUUUCUACCUGUUCCAUCACACAUUAUUCCAUUAGUCAGAACAUUUCAUUAUUUUGCAGCAGGUCAAAUGGACUCUCUCAUUCUUGGAGUGAAAGGAUUCCAGACACAAAACAUAUCUCAGACAUCUGUGAAAAUGGGCGACCUCGAAGUAACUCUUGGCAAGGUAACCUGGGAGGCAACAGAAAGAAAAUCAGAGGCAAAAGAUUUAGACCUCGGUCUAAUUCAACUGAGUAUUUAAACCCAUGGUUCAAAAGAGACUAUAAUGUAGCUAAGUGGGUAGAAGAUGUGAAUAAAAACACUGAAGGACCAUACUUUAGGACUUUAUCUCCUGCCAAGUCUCCAUCUUCAUCAACUGGGUCUAUUGCGUCCAGCAGAAAAUACCCUUAUCCAAUGCCUCCCCUUCCGGAUGAGGAGAAGAAAGUGAACCGACAAAGUGCCAGGCUAUGGGAGACAUCCAUUUAAGAUCAACUGUUUACAUGUGAUACAUCGAAACUGUUUACUUCAACUUUUAUAGAAACUCAGCCUCACUGAAUCACUGCAAAUCUAUCUGCUCUUCAAACAAUUCGAAAACAUCUCUGAAUGCCACAGAGGAGAGGAAGCCGAGUCUCAC